AUAAAUAACGAGUAUAAGAUAUCCAUUCAGUGUAAACCGAGUAUGAAACACAAUUUUCUUUUCGGAUACACAACCAGAUUAUUGUUAGGAAUGGUAAUGGGUUGUGUUAGGACGAUUCGUGUUAGGCCUAUAUCUCAUCCUAAGACUACAUGUCAUGGAUGACUUUAUUGGGAAGAAACGUGGAGCUCGUAGACGACACACUUAGACAGCCACCAUUCACCUUCAUCGAAUCAUACCCCCGACCCCUGUCGUGCUUAACCCGUCCCCUUCACGCUUCCCCAUGCAAUACAAACAUCUCGUUUCCUCCUUGCUCACGUCAACGAGCUACCCGCACCCUAAAUCGCUGUUGUGACAUCAACCAUGACCCCCACACCCCACAGGCCACAGUACAGUCUGAUAACACGACCCAUUAUUUACCAUCCGGUCCCUACACAAUAUUUUAUUACAAACAACUUGGGAGCACAAUUGACUGUAGUAUUUGGAUCAAACAGAGCUUUCAAUCAAAAAUUGAUUUGAUAAACCCUAAAUCUGUGCUAGCUGUUUGGGGGACCUUUGGGGCCAUCAUCACCCACGGAUCUUCGUCUUAUCUUAUCAACCAAUUGCAAUUCACACAGAAAAAAGGUUUAUUUCGCUUUCAAGACUCACUACAAACUUGCGAAAUGGGGAGCAUAUAUCUUGUACUAAAGCAAAAGAAUAUAAGUAUGGCUAACAAAGGCGAAACAGUGAUGAAACAUGCUUUUUUAGCCGACCUGAAAGAUACAAGAUUCUUCGAUUCAACGAAACGACACUUCUUUGAAAAUGCAAUGUAAAGGAUUAGGACCACAUGUAGACAAAGUUAAGUGCGCAAUAAGUUCGGUUUAUCUCUCUUAUCCCCACUUUUCACUCUCCCAACUGCAUAACUUUAUUCGCAUUAAUACAUUACUGGAAAAAAAACCUGUGGGUUCGGGUAAUGUUUUUACCGAA